GCAGUGGGGCCAUGAUUGAAUGCGUAUUAUUCAAAUAACCCUUCGUGUCUGAAGGAAGAAGUACUUUAUUUUGUACUCUAUGUUCAUAUUAUGGAUUCCGAGAUAAAUUUAGAGUGUAGUACAAGUUUAGUGUUGGAGAACAAGAAACAAGACGUGGAGCUAGAAAGUCAAGGCGAAGAUCAAAUAACAAAAGCAAUCGGCGCUAUUGGAAGAUGGCAAAUUUGGAUUUGCUGCAUUGUAUUCCUAGUCAAAUUUCCAGUGGCUUGGCAUCAAAUGAGCAUAAUAUUUUUAGCUCCACCCAUGAAUUUCACAUGUUCGGUGAAUGACCAAUUUGAUAACCAUUGCGAAGCAAACUGCACCAGUUACAAAUACGACCACAAUGUUUUUGGAGAGACAAUUGUCUCGCAGUGGAAUCUCGUCUGUGAAAGAGAAUGGCUGAAGAAUGCGACACAAACGAUAUUUAUGCUUGGUAUCUUGGUCGGCAGCAUGUUAUUCGGAUAUCUAUCAGACAGAUUUGGCCGACGGGCACCAUUCUUAGCAGCAGUAUUUCUCCAACUGAUAUCUGGUGUAGCGACAGCCUAUUCAGUUAACUGGUACAUGUUUACUGCUCUACGAUUUAUUCUCGCUGUGGCUACAGGCGGUACCAUGGUCACCAGUUUUGUUCUAACAAUGGAGCUGAUCGGCACACGUUUCAGAGCCACUGUUGGCAUCUUAUAUCAGAUCCCGUUCAACUUUGGUCAUCUAUUGCUACCAUUUUUUGGAUAUUUCUUUCGCAACUGGAGUCAUUUUCAACUUGCAAUAUCUAUGCCUUCAAUUUUGUUCAUGAGCUACUAUUACCUCUUGCCGGAAUCACCACGAUGGUUAUUGACUGUUGGUCGAGUUGAUGACGCCGUGAAAAUAAUGGAAACAGCUGCGAAAAGAAACGGUCGUGCGACGGAAGGCAUUCGAAAUUCUAUACAAAAGAUGAUGGCCGGCAGUACAAAAGAUACUAAAGAACAUUCUUUUAUUGACCUCUUCCGGACUCCACGUUUGAGAUCACGCACUAUUGCCAUAUGUUUCAAUUGGUUCGUGUGUGGUUUUUGCUUCUUCGGCGUAUCCCAAUACAUUGGACAUUUUUCUGGAAACAUUUUCAGCAACGUUGCUAUUUCAGCAGCUAUAUUGGUGCCCGGAACUCUUAUCUCAAUCUAUGCGAACAAAGUUUUGGGACGCAAAAUUACGUUAAUCAGUUCCAAUUGUGUAACGGGCCUAAGUUGUCUCCUAAUUAAUGUAGUUCCCAAAACUGAAAGCAGCCAUUUACUCCUGGGCUGUAUCGGACUCUGGGGAAUGAGUAUUUCUUUUGCUACAGUAUAUUUAUACGCAGGAGAAUUGUUUCCAACUGUAGUAAGGAAUUCGGGCGUCGGUCUAUCUUCAACAGUAGCAAGAAUUGGAUCUAUGCUUGCCCCUUUUGUAGCCACUCUAGCACAUAAGAGUGCAUGGUUCCCUCCUAUUGCAUUUGGGGUAGUUCCAUUGAUUGGAUCUUGCCUUUGUAUACUGCUUCCAGACACACGUGGUAAGAAACUACCUGAUACACUGGAAGAAGGAGAAAUAUGAUUUUACCAUUGCGUUAAUUUGAAUAGUUUGUUGGUAAUAAAUACUCAGUAGAUAGUAAGUUGUAGGUAUAAUGUAAUUUUGAGUGUUCUAGAUUGUAUUAGUCAAGCAGACUCAAACUUCUGCACUUAGACUCUCAUUAUACGUAAACUGGUAUUAAAUUCAAAUUCAAAACAGGAUGUGACAUCACUUAUUGAAAUACAAAAACUACCACCCAUUCCAAAACGAAUACCUCAGACCUGAGAAGAACGGGAGCAACAAACUCAGCGGGCUUUUUAUUUCAAAAAAUAUGUUUACAAAGUAAUAUUGUACAAAUUAACUUAUUAUUUAAUAGCCUGAGCGCGGUCGCUCCAUUCCCAACCUGUGGUAUCAUUAAGAAAGUCAUUUAUGUUAUGGUAACCUUAAUCACACAAACGUUUUUUAACAAUUCUUUUGAAUAACCCUAUACUUUUGUUUUGAACAUUUUCUGGGAUCUUUUUGUAAAAGCAUAGCAGCCGAGUAGUAGGCAUUAUAAAUUACUGAAUGUAACUACGACUCCAGCUAAAAGCGCAGAAAGCUUCUGAAGACUUCCCAAGCCUCUUAUUAAGUAUAGUAAUAUUAUCAAGAAUAUUUGGCCAGUGUGUCUAGGCAGUUGCAUUCAGGAUGACUUUAUUGCUCAUGAACCUGACGAAAGUUUUUCUUGUAAUCACGUAUACUGAAAAAAGAUGAUAUUCGUCUUAUUUUAUUUUAUUGUGGUUUGAGCUGAUGGUCUCCAUACCAAUGCUCUCAAUAAUACAUAGUGUCUGUUGAGUAUGCUGUAUCAGGUGUAAUUUUGUUACUACACCUAGUGUAUUACAUAGGUACCUAUUUAUAUAUUGAAUGUCUGAUGGCUGUGAAUAUGAAUCUUAUUGUUAAUAUUAAGAAAAUUUUGUAGCUCUAAUUAUGUGAAAUGUUUAUUCAACUACGUCAUUUAAAAAUAUAUUUAACUUUUUAUAAAGUAAAAGAUACAAAAUA